AUGUCCAAUGUUGCUAUCUUGGGGGAUAACCCGCCGGAGCAGUCUAAUUCAGUUAAAAGAAAAUAUUUUGGUGUUGAUAUACACAGCCUACUCGAUGAAUACAAAAUAGAAAAGGAUAUGAAAAAAGAUCGUCACGAAGCGGAGCAUAUCCCACCCACAAACGUAAUGCCAGAAGACCCAAAUAUCGGUUCCCAGAAAACUCUUCUAUGGACGGAAAAAUAUCGGGCAAAACGCUUUACUGAUUUGGUGGGAGAUGAGCGUACGCAUCGGCAAGUUCUUCGCUGGUUCAAGUCCUGGGACAAAAUUGUGUUUCCAUCUGUAGCGAAUAGACUUGUGAACAAUAGGGACGAAAACGAAGGUCGAGAAUUGAGAAAAAUUUUGCUUAUCCAUGGACCUCCUGGACUUGGGAAGACGACUUUAGCUCAUGUGGCAGCCAAGCAAGCGGGCUACGACGUUGUCGAGGUCAACGCUUCAGAUGAACGAAGUGCCGGUGUUGUGAAAGGGAGAAUCAAGGAUAUUCUAAGCAAUGAGGGCGUCAAAACCAUGGGCGCGAUAACAAACGGGGCUAAGCAAAAGUCGUCUAGGGUCACAAUGGGGAAACCGGUUUGUCUGGUCGUCGAUGAAAUCGAUGGUGUGACCGGCGGUGGUGGAGCAGGUGCCAAUGAAGGGGGGUUUAUCAAAGCCUUGAUAGACUUAGUUCUUGCGGACCAGAAGUUGAAUAACAUCGCUGAAGGAGCGACAAAGAAGAAAGGCCGCAGAAAAGGUGAUAGUUUCAAGCUUCAGAGACCUAUCGUGGCUGUUUGCAAUGAUCUUUACGCCCCCGCGCUUAAGGCUCUGAGGCCUCUAGCUGAAAUAGUACACAUGCGAAAACCGCCAGUUGGACCGAUGGUCGGAAGGCUAAAAUCGAUUUUGGAAUACGAGGGUUUUAGAACUGAGGAUGGUGCUGUUCGUCGGCUAGUAGAGCUUUCAUGUAUGGGUGGCAAUUCUACAAGCAAGUCCGCUGGAGAUAUGCGAGCGGCUGUAGUUGGGUGUGAAUGGAUAGCUUGUAGGCUGAGGUCAGCUGCAACAAAAUGUGGUGAUGACUCCAAAUCUCGGAAAGAAAUGAAGCUUCUGACCCGGAAGAUUGUUGAGGAAGAAUAUGGAGACGGAGGCUUGGGCGAGGGCGAUGGGAAAGGCGGAGGGGGCGGAAGAGGCAAUAUCAGAGAAGCCGUUGAGAGAGUCUUUUAUAAUGACCCAACGACAAAAAGAGCCGGUUCUAAAGACAUAGGGGUGAAGAGGACGAGUGGGGAAAAACUACGGGAGAUUGUCGAGGGACUGGGAGAGUUUGACAAAAUCAUGAUGGACUGCUUCACCACAUAUCCCUCACGUCCAUACAAUGAUGACCCCUUGUUGACCAAGCCCAAUAUGGCAUCAGAGUGGCUAUACUUUUCAGACCUUAUUUCGUCUCGCGUCUUUCAGGAGCAGGACUACGAACUCACAGGGUACCUCUCGCAACCUAUCCUUGCCUUCCAUAACCUUUUCUGCAGCCCCAAGCGACAAGAGUCAACCACUGGCAGGUAUGGCAAACAGUUUGAGGAAGUCGAUCCACCACCCUUCUCAGGACCCGCAGCAGAAUGGGAAGUUAGAGAAGGGAUAAAAGAGAAUAAGGCCUUGAUACAAAGUGUCCAUUCAUGUCUUGGAGGAAUCCGUCUUCAUCAAUGUUUCAAGAGCCCUGAAAGCGUCGCUUUGGAGUUGGCCCCCUGGGUUGUUCGGAUACUCUCACCCUCUAUUAAACCAGUGGUUGUCGGCGGCUCGGGCCCUACCGGAGGAAUAGCGAGUGUACGGAGAGAAGGCGAGAAAAAGUUGGUGAGCAGAGGAGUAGAAGGUAUGACCACCCUCGGCUCAGGUUGGAUAUACAGGAUGGAACCGCCAAUCGACACUUUAUCUGUAUAUGCCACUCUCGCAACACCUACAGAAUCAGCUCCAGCCCCGGUGAGAUACGCAGUCCGCCAAGUUCUUGAUCAAGAGUACAAAAAAGAACUCCUCCGCCGCCGUGAACUUGCCCGCCAGUCGCGCAUGGGCGCGCCCAACAAUAUCCCUCAGCUCAAAAAGCCUACUACAAUGCCUGAUACUCCGAACUUGAAAAGAAAGAAGGUCCGGGAAAUCAAGAAAGAUUUCUUCGGACGUAUCGUCGCACGGGGGGAAGAUGAGGAUACGGAGGAAGGAAGAAGGAAAAAGCGGAAAGAGGAGAUGGACGAGAAGCGGGAGGCACAGAAGGUCUGGUUGAGCUUUCACGAAGGGUUCUCAAACGCUGUUAGGAAGGGAAUCACAUUGGACGAGUUGAUGAAUGGGUUGACGUAA